AUGGCGCAGUCGGCGCGGCGUGUCGCGAGGUCGGCGGCGAUGGCCCAUCUAGGGGCGCGCUUCUUCGUGGCCGGUGGUCGUCGCUCAUCCGCGGCGCUCGGCAUCGGGCCUGUGCGUACCGCCCGCGCAGCUGCCAUGGGGGCGCCGGAGAUGUGGAAAUGCGGCGGCGCACGCUUGAGCAGCACCGCGGCCACGCCGGUGUCAGGCCCCUUGACGCCGCCGGCGUCUUGCGGUAAGAAGAAGAAAGAGGAGACGGAGGCGGCGAGCUACUGGGGCGUGGCGCCGACGAGGCUCGUCAAGGAGGACGGGACCGAGUGGAAGUGGUCGUGCUUCAGGCCGUGGGAUGCGUACGAGGCGGACGUGUCCAUUGAUCUGAUGAAGCACCACCAGCCGGUGACGAUGGGGGACAAGAUGGCUAGGUGGACGGUCAAGGCCAUGCGCUGGCACGCCGACCUCUUCUUCCAGAGGAGGUACGGCUGCCGCGCGAUGAUGCUGGAGACGGUGGCCGCAGUCCCCGGCAUGGUGGCCGGCGCGGUGCUCCACCUCCGGUCGCUCCGGCGCUUCGAGCAGAGCGGCGGGUGGAUCCGGGCGCUGCUGGAGGAGGCCGAGAACGAGCGCAUGCACCUCAUGACCUUCAUGGAGGUGUCCCAGCCGCGGUGGCACGAGCGCGCGCUCGUCGUGGCCGUCCAGGGCGUCUUCUUCAACGUCUACCUGGCCACCUACCUGCUCUCCCCGAGGAUCGCGCACCGCGUCGUGGGCUACCUGGAGGAGGAGGCCGUGCACUCCUACACCGAGUUCCUCCGCGACCUCGACGCCGGCAAGAUCGACGACGUGCCCGCGCCCGCCAUCGCCAUCGACUACUGGCGCCUCCCGCCCGGCGCCACGCUCAAGGACGUCGUCACGGUCGUCCGCGCCGACGAGGCGCACCACCGCGACGUCAACCACUACGCCUCCGACAUAUAUUACCAGGGGCAUGCGCUGCGGGAGGUACCUGCACCGAUCGGCUACCACUGA